UAAAGUCUAAUGAGAUGAGAGUCCAGUAAACUGUUAUCUUGAACAAUACGUGGCCUUCCACAACCAACCUUAUCACAUCCAUUUUUUAAUAUAAUUACUUUGGGUCAUUACUACUUUCUUCAAACCAAUUAAAAAUUUCAAAAAACAACAACAACAUAUAUAUAAGUUCGUCAAGCGUCGAGCAGUCGGUGAAAAAACCUAGGGGUUCAGCCGAUUGUCGACAUGUCUAUGAGAAGCAAACCGUUAAAAUGUAUUACAAACGUUAUUUUCGAUAUGGAUGGACUUCUUUUGGAUACAGAAAUUUUUUAUAAAAGGGCGAUUAACGAAAUUGCCAUGUCCUUUGGUAAGGUCUACACACCUAAGGUAAUGAACAAAGUUAUAGGAACGCCUCAGACAGAGACUUGCAAGAUAGCUAUAAAAGAAAUGAAUUUGCCACUGGGUGUUGAGCAAUUUAGAAGUCUAUUUGUGAAAUUAUCCUACAGCAGAAUGCACAAUGUCGAUUUUUUACCAGACACUGAAAUUCUAUACACCAAGGCUUACGAAAACAUUUUACAAAGAGACUUCAAUGUUAAAAUGCCAACAGAUUUCAAGUCCGAAAUAAUGGGUCUCAAUACGGAUCAAGUCAACGAGAAAUUCAUAACCACAUUCAAACUUCCUGUUAAUGCCGUCAAAUUUCAAGAAAUCAAAGAUAAAGAGCUGAAUGUACUCUUGAGCAAGAACCAAAAAAUGCCAGGAGCUCAAAAACUGGUAGAACAUCUACACAAGCAGAAAAUCCCCAUAGCCGUGGCAACUUCAUCCGGUCAACAGAGUUUUGACCUGAAAACAAAAGACCACAAGGAGUUCUUCAAACUGUUCGAUCAUAUCGUUCUAGGAAGCUCUGAUCCAGAAGUAAAAAAGGGAAAACCUGCUCCAGAUAUCUUCCUUGUUUGUGCCUCCCGUUUCCCAAACAAGCCAAAACCGGAAGACUGUUUGGUGUUUGAAGAUUCUCCAAACGGAAUACAGGGGGCAAAUGCAGCAGGUAUGCAAACAGUGAUGGUACCUGAUCCGAACCUGGACAAAGAGAUGACAAAAGAGGCUACAAUGGUUCUCAAAUCUCUUGAAGAAUUUAAACCAGAGCUUUUUGGGCUACCCGCUUUUUGAAACCAUCUGUUUUUAGAGUAUAAUUUUGAAAUAUUGUUAGAAAUACAUAUAUAAUAUUGUGUAAGUAAUUAGAUGUGCAAAUUUGGUUGUAUAGUAUUGGUAAUUCCAUGUUUUACUUUCAAAUUAAUGUAAUUUUGUCUUAAACCUUUUUUUUCAAUACUAAACCUUUGCAAAUAUUCAAAAGAAAGAUUGUUAUUAUGUAUUUAGAGUGUGGAGCCACUAAAACUAUCUUGUUGGAAAUGUAUAAUAUUCAUUUAUUUGCCAAAAAAAGUAAUUUACAAUUCUUAUGUAAAAUUGAUCAUUGUAUAACUAGGACUGAUUUCCAUCAGUUUUUUAAAUCUGAAAUAUUUAAUAAAUUGAAAAGUUUAAAUAUUGAUAAAAAAUUUUUAUUGAAAUAUUCAAUGAAAAAUUCAAAAAACCUUUGUUUCACAAUAUCCAGUAAAAAAAAGUAUAGAAUAGUUUUUAUAAACAUUUCAUGAUGAAUGCGAAAAUACAACUAUAAACUAAAUUUCAAACCAAUAAAUAUUUAAUAGCGUGCAUUUGAUAAUAAUCAAAACCUGAUAUUUUU